AUGGCGGCGCCCUCCCUCAGCCGCGCCGCCCUCGGCCGGGAGCGGCUCGCCGGGGACCCCUCCGGCCGCCGAGAGCCCCGGGAGCCCCGGCUGGGACGGGCCCGAGCGGGCGAGGCUGCGGGGCCGCGAGCAGAGGGAGAAGCGGCUGCGGCUGAGGAGGGAGAGAGGGGAGAGGGAGGGGAAGGCGCCGCAGCCGCUGCCCAAGGCUGGAGCCCCCAGGCUGAGGUGGAAUAUCGGCACCCGCUGGGGCCCGACGGCAAAAAGGCCACGGGCGUGCCCCUCCCCCCCAGGUACAGCCCCCGCUACGUCGAGGCCGCCUGGUACCAGUGGUGGGAGAGGGGAGGGGUCUUCAGCCCCAGCGCACCUGGGCAGGUUUCGGGGGGGUCCCCGGUGCUGAGCCUGGUGCUGCCCCCCCCCAACGUGACGGGGUCGCUGCACCUGGGCCACGCCCUGGGCGUCAGCCUGCAGGACGCGCUGGCCAGAUGGAGGAGGAUGCAGGGCUGGGACGUCCUGUGGGUGCCGGGCACCGACCACGCUGGCAUCGCCACCCAGGCCGUGGUGGAGCGCUGGCUGUGGCAGCACCGCCGUGGUGGAGCGCUGGCUGUGCAGCACCGCGGGUGCCGCCGGCAGGAGCUGGGCCGGGAUCGGUUCCUGCGCGAGGUCUGGGGCUGGACGGAGCGGCACGGGCAGCAGAUCCUGCAGCAGCUGCGGGCGCUCGGGGCCUCGCUGGACUGGAGCCGCUGCGCCUUCACCAUGGACCCCGGUUUCUCCCGCGCUGUCACCGAGGCCUUCGUGCGUCUCUUCGAGGCCGGGCUGAUCCGCCGGGACCUGAGGGCCGUGAGCUGGAGCUGCGCCCUCCGAUCGGCGCUGGCCGACAUAGAGGUGGAGCCCCGUGUCCUGCAGGGCCCCACGGCGCUGAGUGUCCCCAACUGUCCCCACCCCGUCACCUUCGGCGUCCUCGUCACCUUCGCCUACCCCGUGGAGGGCGACGACGGGCUGGAGGUCCCCGUGGCCACCACCCGCCCUGAGACGCUCUUUGGGGACGUGGCCGUGGCCGUGCACCCGCGGGACCCGCGAUACCUGCACCUGCAGGGCCGGCAGGUGAGGCACCCGUUCACCGGGGCCCUGCUGCCCGUGGUGAGCGACCCCAGCGUGCAGCCCCAGCUGGGAACCGGUGCAGUCAAGGUGACCCCCGGGCACAGCCCCCAGGACCUGGCCCUGGCCCGGGCCCACGCGCUGCCGCUGCUCUCGGUCAUCGACGACGGCACCUUGUGUCCCCCGGGCGGGGGUGGCUGCCCCCAGGGCGUGCCCAGGUUCGAGGCCCGCGCUCAGGUGGUGGCGGCGCUGGCACAGCGGGGGCUGCUCCGGGCGGUCACCGACCACGCCAUGACCCUGCCCCUCUGCAGCCGCUCCGGUGACGUCGUCGAGUUCCUGCUGAAGCGUCAGUGGUUCCUCACCUGCGGGGACAUGGCCCGGGAGGCGCUGCAGGCGGUGCAGUCGGGGCGGCUCCGCCUGGUGCCCAAAUUCCACGAGAAGAACUGGAAGCGCUGGAUGGAGAGCGCGGGGGAUUGGUGCCUGUCCCGCCAGCUCUGGUGGGGUCACCGCGUCCCCGCCUACCGGGUGUGCCCCGCCCCCGGCCCCGCUCCCGGCCCCGCCCCCGGCCCCGCCCCCGAGGAGGGGGAGGGGGAGGGGCGCUGGUUCGUGGGGCGCAGCGAGGCCGAGGCGCGGGCGGCGGCCGCGGGGGCCCUGGGCUGCAGCCCCCGCGAGCUGCACCUGCAGCAAGACCCCGACGUUUUGGACACCUGGUUCUCCUCCGCCCUCUUCCCCUUCGCCGCCCUGGGCUGGCCCGAGCAGGGCCCCGAUUUUGGCCGUUUUUACCCCAAUUCGCUGCUGGUGACGGGCAGUGACCUCCUGUUCUUCUGGGUGGCCCGCAUGGUCAUGCUGGGCCAGCAGCUCACGGGCCAGCUGCCCUUCCGCCAGGUGUUGCUGCACUCGCUGGUCCGGGACCCCCAGGGCCGCAAGAUGAGCAAAUCCCUGGGGAACGUCAUCGACCCCCGCGACGUCAUCGGGGGCGCCACCCUGCAGGAGCUGCAGGAGAAGCUCCAGAGCCGAACCCUGGACCCGCAGGAGCUGCGGGCGGCCCAGGAGGGGCAGCGCCGUCAGUUCCCGCAGGGGAUCCCCGAGUGCGGCGCCGACGCCCUGAGGCUGGCGCUGAGCAGCCACAACGCCCACGGCCCCGAGCUCCGUGUGGGCGUGGCCUCGGUGCUGGCCCAGCGCCGCUUCUGCAACAAAGUCUGGAACGCGCUGGGGUUCGUGCUGAGAGCCAUCGAGGGGGACACCCCAAAACCCCCCGAGCAGGUGUUUCCCGCGUCCCCCAUGGAGCGCUGGCUGCUGUCCCGCCUGGCCGGGGCCGUGGCCGAGUGCUGGCGCCGCCUGGAGGCGCUGGAGGUUCACGGGGCCGUGGCCGCCGUGCAGAGCUUCUGGCUCAGGAGCUUCUGCGACGUCUACCUGGAGGUGGCCAAGGCGUCCCUGCAGCGCCCCGAGCUCCGCGCGGGCGCCCGGGCCACGCUGGCGGCCGGGGCCGAGCUGGGGCUGCGCCUCCUGGCGCCCUUCGCCCCCUUCGUGGCCGAGGAGCUCUGGCAGCGCCUGCCCCGCGCCCGCCCCGCGCCCCCCACGCUCUGCAGGGCGCCCUUCCCCCAGCCCCGCGCCCUGUCCCACUGGCGCUGCCCCGAGCUGGAGGCUCAGGUGUCGGCCAUGCUGGAGCUGGUCCGGGCCGUGCGGGGGCUGCGCGAGAACUUCCGGGUCAGGGGGUCGGCCCCGACCCCCAGGUGA